AUGUCCACAUACCCCAAACUAGACACAAACGACACCCCCUCUACACCCCUAGAACAAGGCCUCGAAGUCCGUCGCCAGGUCCUAGGCAGCGAAUACGUCAACCGGGCCUGGGACAAGGCGUCGCCGUUCACACGGCCCGGACAACAAUUGAUCACCGAAUAUGCCUGGGCCAAUGUAUGGCAGCGAGAGGGACUUGAUCGGAAGCAGCGUAGUCUGUUAACCAUCGGAAUUAUCAUUGCCCAAAAAGCAUGGCUAGAACUAGUGCUGCAUACGCGAGGAGCCAUCAACAACGGGGUAUCGGAGCUAGAAAUCAGAGAGGCCGUAAUCCAUUCCAUGGUGUAUUGUGGGACGCCGGCCGGCGUGGAGGCGAUGAUGGUCACGGAAAAGACGAUUCUGGAGAUGAUUGCGAACGGGGAAUAUGUAAGGCCUGAGGGGAUGGAGGUGGUGGGUUAA